AUGGCAGCUGAUAAACUGCAAGAGAUCCAGAAGGCCAUUGAACUAUUCUCUGUGGGUCCCGGCCCUGCCAAAACCAUGGAGGAGGCUACCCGGAGGAGCUACCAGUUCUGGGACACACAGCCGGUCCCGAAGCUAGGGGAGAUGGUGACAUCACAUGGCUCUAUCGAGCCUGACAAAGACAUCAUCCGGGAGGAGCCCUACAGCCUUCCACAAGGCUUCACCUGGGACGCUCUCGACCUGGGAAACCCUGCAGUGUUGAAGGAACUGUACACCCUUCUGAAUGAGAACUACGUGGAAGACGAUGACAAUAUGUUCCGAUUCGACUAUUCUCCUGAGUUCCUGCUCUGGGCUCUGCGUCCUCCUGGCUGGCUGCCUCAGUGGCACUGUGGGGUGAGAGUGAACUCCAACCAGAAGCUUGUGGGAUUCAUCAGUGCCAUCCCUGCCAAGAUCCGCAUUUAUGACAUGGAAAAGAAAAUGGUGGAGAUCAACUUCCUUUGUGUCCACAAGAAGCUGCGCGCGAAGCGGCUGAUCGAGGUGAAAUUUUCUCACCUGAGCCGGAACAUGACAAUGCAGCGUACCAUGAAGCUGUACCGUCUUCCUGAGGCUCCAAAGACAUCGGGCUUGCGACCAAUGACCAGGAAGGACGUGCCGGCGGUGCAUCGUCUGCUGCUGGGGUACCUGAGCCAGUUCCACCUGGCCCCCACCAUGAGCCCGGAGGAGGUGGAGCACUGGCUGCUGCCUCAGGAGAACAUCAUAGACACCUACUUGGUGGAGAACUCUGGAGGAAAGGUGACUGACUUCUUGAGCUUCUACACACUUCCCUCCACCAUCAUGAACCAUCCAGUCCACCACAGCCUGAAGGCCGCCUACUCCUUUUACAAUGUGCACACCUGCACCCCCCUGCUGGACCUCAUGUCGGACGCACUAAUUCUGGCCAAGUCGAAAGGGUUUGACGUCUUCAAUGCACUGGACAUGAUGGAGAAUAAGACUUUCCUGGAAAAACUUAAGUUUGGUAUUGGAGAUGGAAAUCUGCAGUAUUAUCUGUACAAUUGGAAGUGUCCCAGCAUGGGGUUGGCUUGGUACUGCAGUGACUUCCCCGUGUGCAUCCCAGUGCACAGUGUCCCAGUUAGGCCAGGAUACCACACCAACGCACUGAACGCCCGACCGACGGCCUGA